AUGCGCCCUCGCGACGCGAACAGGUCCGACGCUCUCAACAAGUUCGUAUUUGAUACCAGCUUCCAGAGGCUGCAGAAAUUUGCGAGGCUGCCACCAGCAGAGGCGGCUGACCAAGCGAAGAAGUUCCGCGAUUUUGAGCUACCCGCCAUCUAUUCCCCCGACUGCUUCAACGACACAUGCCACGUGACCGGCGAGGUGCACUUCCCACCACAGCUGCGGGGCGAAUUGGCUGGCAGAAGCGGGGUGCAGAUCGAGGAGAUCAAGGCCGCCACGGGGGAGCAGGUGCUCACGUUCGAAAGCGGCGUGGCGCUCAUCAUCGGGCCGCCGGAUCGAAUCGCGGACGCUGCGGCCAUGGUCAGGGCCAGGGUCGAAAACGUCCCACGCAGGGCGUUGACCUUGCCAGCCGGGGCCCAGCCCAGCCGGGUGCUGGGGCCGAAGGGCGAAACGAUCAAAGGGAUCAAGUCCCGGAGUGGAGCGGUCGUUUUUUUCGACACCAACACGAGCAUAGUGGUCCUCACCGGCACAGAGGAUUAUGUCGAAAUUGCUGUCAAAGAGGCCACGGCGCCGUUCGAUGAGGCAGUCUCUUGCAGCCAGGAGCUGACCCUGCCAGCUGGAGUCCAGCCCGGCCGCGUGCUGGGGCCCAGGGGCGAAACGAUCAGAGAGAUCAAGUCCCGGACCGGAGCGCAUGUAAUUUUCGACAACGACACGCGCAGAGUAGUCGCGACUUGUACACAAGACCAGGUCGAAGUUGCCGUCACCGAGGUCGCCGCGCCGUUCGAGAAGGCCCCCGCCCUUUCUUGCAGGCAGGAAGUGGCCUUGCCAGCCGGUGUCCAGCCUGGGCGUGUGUUGGGGCCCAGGGGCGAAACGAUCAAAGGGAUCAAGAUCCAGACAGGAUCAUUUGUAGUGUUCGACAGAGACGCGCAGAGUGGUCGCGACUGGCACAGACAACCAGGUCAGAGUUGCCGUCGCGCAGAUCAGAGCCCUCAUCGAGGGGUCACCUGA